GACACUUGCUGGGAGAAUGCCUUCUGUCAAUGACACCCACUUCUAUCCCCGCUUCUUUCUCCUGCUAGGAAUACCAGGACUGGAAACUUUACGUAUGUGGAUUGCUUUCCCAUUCUGUAUUGUGUACCUGAUUGCCAUUGUGGGGAAUAUGACCAUUCUCUUUGUGAUCAAAACCGAACACAGUCUACAUCAGCCCAUGUUCUACUUCCUGGCCAUGUUGUCUAUGAUUUAUCUGGGUCUGUCCACAUCCACUAUUCCCAAAAUGCUAGGAAUCUUCUGGUUCAACCUCCAAGAGAUCAGCUUUGGGAGCUGCCUUCUUCAGAUGUUCUCUAUUCACAUGUUUACAGGCAUGGAGACUGUUCUGUUGGUGGUCAUGGCUUACAACCGCUUUGUUGCCAUUUGCAACCCUCUCCAGUACACCAUGAUCCUCACUAAUAAAACCAUCAGUAUUCUAGCUUCUGUGGUUGUUGGAAGAAAUUUAGUUCUUGUAACCCCAUUUGUGUUUCUCAUUCUGCGUCUGCCUUUCUGUGGGCAUAACAUCAUACCUCACACAUACUGUGAGCACAUAGGUCUGGCCCAGUUGGCCUGUGGACCUAUGAAGAUCAACAUAAUCUAUGGGCUCAUGGUGAUUUCUUAUAUUAUUGUGGAUGUGAUCCUAAUUUCUUCUUCCUAUGUGCUUAUCCUUCGAGCUGUUUUUCGCCUUCCCUCUCAAGAUGCCCGACUAAAGGCCUUCCAUACCUGUGGUUCUCAUAUCUGUGUUAUGCUGUGCUUUUACAUACCAGCAUUUUUUUCUUUUAUGACACAUCAUUUUGGCCAAAACAUUCCCCACUAUACCCAUAUUCUUUUGGCUAACCUGUAUGUGAUUGUCCCACCUGCCCUUAACCCUGUCAUUUAUGGAGUCAGGACCAAGCAGAUCCGAGAGCAAGUUGUGAAAAUAUUUGUACAGAAAGAAUAAUUAUGCAAUAAAGUUGGGAUAAGUAUAUCUAUAUACCACCCAAAUUAUGAUCAUCUGAGCUUC